AUGGCCUGUGCCUGCCCCCACUACCUGGAGGGCCAAUCGGCCGCAGGGGAGACUCCUGCAUUUGCCUUGGCUGAGGAAAAGCCCAAGGAAGGAGUCAAGACUGAGAACAACCAUCAUAUUAAUUUGAAGGUGGUGGGGCAGGACGGUUCCGUGGUGCAGUUGAAGAUUAAGAGGCAUACACCACUUAGUAAACCAAUGAAAGCCUAUUGUGAAAAACAGUUGGAAAUGGAGGAUGAAAAUACACUUGAUGUGUUUCAGCAGCAGACAGAAGGUGUCUACUGAAAAGGGAACCUGCUACUUUACUCCAGAAUUCUGUUCCUCCAGACCAAGAAGACAUUCUCAAUUAGAAAACCGCAAUUUGGUUCCACCACAUCCUGACUACUACAGUAUAGUUUCUCUAUUCUUUCAUUUUCCCCUUCCCCAUUCCUUUAUUGUACCUAAAGUAACUGGUGUACGUGCACAAGCGUAUUGCAUUUUUUUUUUAACUAGAUGGCCAAUGGU